UUGGGGUGUUUUAAGUGCCAAAAUGGGGUUUAUGUGUGGGUAAACAGAGUCGGUGUUUAUGUCAAAAUUUGCCGCGCUUCAAUGCCUUUAUAACAGUGGUGGCACGGCGUUGGUGGGGUUGGGUUAUCGCCUUGUUGUAUCCAGUGGUGGAAUUCCAUCCUAUAAACCAAACCGUGGCCAACACAGCACACAGACGCUUGACCACCGUGUCCAGAGGCUGUAGUGUUUGACCAGUCGUCCGAAUCCGAAGUAGCGCGCCACCGGGCCUUGCAUGGGCGCCUCUCGGGAGCGGACGAGGGUCAACGCCGAGGAAGUAUCGCGGAACCUCCCGGUGCAACAACGGACCUACCUCGAGGGAAGUGUACAGUUUCCGUAAAAUACGCAAACAGGCUAGCUCGAUCUUAGGACUUCGACGACUCACUUCGUGUUGCCGUAGCAACGGACCUAUCAACAGCAACAAAAAUCGUCCAGAAUGGCAGAGAACGGCUUAGACUUCGAGGCCGUUGCUAUGGUUAUGGAGAAGGACGACGCCCAGGACGAGUUUAAGAAGCAGGUGCAGUUUUUACGGGACAACGGGCCACUCCCUGACGACGGUGGGACAGACAUCAGUGUCAUCGCCCCUACAACCCUGCCCCUACUGGACUGGACAGACGAGCGCUCCCGGGUCAAGAGAAAAACGGACAACUCGGGCAGAAACGCCGACCGGAAGAAGAGGUCAAAGAAGUCCGCAGCGACCCCUAGCGCCGAUCGCUACAGCUACAACUACUGGCGCUGGCCGCCCAAACCUCCGCUCAAGGCCACGAGCGCGCGGGAGGCUUUUUCCACACAGGAGACAAGUCUGUUCCGCUUCUCGCACUUCGGUAAUCCUUUCCCGCUGGACAAACUGAAGCGGCGGCCGACAGACCACGUGGAUCUGCUGAACGACUCUUCUCAGAUCUACCCUACUGUCAGCAGGACGCUCAAGUUCAUCACUCCCUUCUCCUCGGAGUACGAGUACAAAUACAGCAGUCCGGACGGCUUUGUGCACGAGCGGCCCUGGCAACAGCGGCUCCGCAUAUUCCGCAAGAACAGGACGGCGGGAUCCAACAGGACAGCCGAUUCCGACGGCAAAGGUUCUCCUGACAGUGAUUCAUCCAGGAGGUCAUCGGGCUCCGUUAUCUCAGCGGUUUACCUUAGAAGAUAAGAAGUACGAGCCACAAGAAAGGCGGUCAUUCCCUCCGCGGUGGAUCAGCAUUGCAGCACCGUACCGAAGCGCCAUCUGGCGACUUUUGUUGCCGUUGCAUAUAGUCACACAAAUAAGACUAAGUACAUGAUAGAGACGCACUUUUAAUAAAUGAUAAGAUCACACUGGAUCUACUAUAUGGAUGACAUUUUUUGAGCCCCCCCCCCCC